AUGUCUGCCAACACGGAUACAGCUUCCAGUCCUCCUGUCACCCCUAACGACACGCAUCAACCACCGUCUGAUCACCAAGCUCAACUUGACAAAAGACGAACAGCCCUAGUCGCCUCAAUCUCAAAUCUCAAAACCCAAAUCAGCGAGACAGAAUCACAGCUGCAAGCGGUAAACUCGAAACUAAGAUCUCCAGAGAGUGCACCUCAGACAGUCCGGAACCAUAUCCAUUUACUCCACACGUACAAUGAAAUCAGAGAUGUGGGUCAGGGUCUAUUAGGUUUGAUUGCUGAUGCGCGUGGAGCGAGGCAUGUCGAUAUCCAGAACGAGUUUGGGGUUGCUGCAGGGGAUUGA